CACUUAACAACUACACGCGAAACUGCAAACUCAUUUCCCACAAUUAUAUUCCACGUUCUUCUCUGUCGGUAACAAUAAUACGGAGACGUUUUUCCAUUUUUUUCUCUAAAGACAAAUGGGGGUGGAGAAAAGGAAGCGCUUGAUUGACGGUGAAGUUCCCGGGAAGAAGGCGAGGGCGGCGGCGGCGGAAGAGGACGAGAAGACCAAUAAUCCGGCGCCGGAGGAGGAGGAGGUGGAGGAGUUCUUUGCCAUCUUGCGGAGGAUACAAGUAGCUGUGAAGUAUUUCGGCAAAGUUAACGGCGAGAGUGGCGGUGGUGGGCGGAAAGCGGCGGCGGUUAGGCCGUGGAAUCCAUCUUUCCGACGCGAAGAUUUUGAAGAGAGAGCAGAGCCGCCGGAGACGACGGUGAUGAUGGAGAAUACGAAUACGGGUUUGGAUCUUAACUCCGAACCGGAUUGCCAACCAACUAGCCCCGACAAAAAGCCCGUUUAAACGGGUGUAUUAGGCCGGGAAAGUCGUGUUUUGGAGUGAAGGUGCAUUAGGUCGGGAAAUUCACGCUCCUAUGUAACUAUAAGAAGUUGAAUCAAGAUAAGGUUGAUCGAAUUUUUCAUACAUUAUGAGAAGUGAAUAAAUGUGAUCACUUAAUAUUUUUAAGGAUAGUAGGGUGAAUGGGGUCAGUUAUAAGGUUUUGAGUCAUCCACCAAAUCAUCAUUUACAAUGUUGGAUGUUAGUUGUAGCACUUCAAUCUUUUAAGAUCAAGUACUAGUAGUUGGUAUUGUUUUAGUUGUUUAAUUUGUUUUAUUAGCUAUGUAUUUUGAUAUAUCAUAAAUAUAUAAUAAGAAAAAUAGCUAGCUCAUCAUUA